UCCUUCUGCAAAUGAUCCAGGCCGCUGCUGGUGCUGAUGCUGCUGAAGCUGCUGAUGCUGUUGGGCUCGGUCUCCAGGCCAUGCUUACUACACAGUAGGUUAAUUCUUCUUUUACACUGGCUCAGAUGACCAUGUCCUGGUAUAAAUACUUGAGCUGUGACAUCCCUGGGUACAGAUAUGCACUAAGGAAUCAGACAACAGACAGAGAUGUGUCCUACUGCUGAAAAGAAGACACAGGUGCAAAGUAGGCCCAUCAGGACCUUGGGAGACCCAGAAGAAUCUCAGCGAUGGCGAAAAGAGAUUACCUGGUGGAAGCAGCCAAGCAGAUCCGAAUGGCUCUGGACAGCGAGGUCAACGAAGACUAUGAAGCAGCCUUCAGCUACUACAAGAACGGAGUGGAUUUACUGUUGAAUGGAGUCCAGUUGGACCCAAACAAAGAUAGGAGAGAGGCUGUAAAGAGGAAGACCACUCAGUAUCUAAAGCGAGCUGAAGAAAUCUUCAUAACCCAUCUGCAGGAUAACCUUGGAAAAGGAGGCUCUCAUUUAGGGGGCUACAGCAGUCUGAGAUUUCGCCCAAUCCGACACUUGAGUUCACCCGUAGAAGAUCUGGAAAUGUGUAAAGUAGUGGGAGUCACUGAUAAGGUCCUGAUUGUCCAAAGCAUGGUCAACAAAGAGACAUUUGUUGUAAAGAGCCUCGUCAAAUCGAGCUGGGAGAGCAGAGACCAAACAACCAUUAUUCCUCAAGGUGUGCCCUAUAUGGUGAAGCUGCUGCGGUACUAUGUCAGUGAGGAUGCCGUGUACCUGCAUCUAGAGCAUGUCAAAGGUGGGCGACUUUUCUCCAAGUUGCGCAAACUUAGAAAUGAGAAGACCAAGGAACACCCAGACCCAUGCUUCUCCUCUGGCCACCACAUCAUGCUGAAGACAAGCCACACCUCCCCUUCAAUCACCACAGACUUCAACCACAGCAGCAGGAGCAGAGCAGUGAGUUCACACAAACCUACAGAUGAGAGUCCAGAUACAGACUUCCCAAACUCAUGGCAUGAGACUCAACAGCGAUUGGAAAGCUGCGGGACACACUCUUACAUUGAGGAGACCGGCUGCCUCCAGAACACACGGUCGGCUGCGUCGUUUUACACCAAGCUGGAUCAGCUGACUCUAGUCUCCGGCCUGACAAGGACACAAGUCAACACCCAGCUCCAUCCACCAGCCCCGAGUUUGUGUUUGCAUUCCAGUGAAGCUCAGGAAAAGCCGGCUCUUCCUCUCCCUUGUGCCCGUGUCAGCCAAGCUCUUGAUGUCAUGUCAGAACUCCAUAAAAAGAAAGCUGGGAUGGGACUGGUAGAGUGCAGCACAGACUUUGAGGCAGCCUGGGAAGCUGCAGACCCGAUGCACAGCUGUACUAAAGCAAACUCCUAUGCAGUGACUGGCAAUCAUUUGCAAAGAGCAACAUCUCAAACAAAUCAGACCUCAUAUAAAAGACCAGAAUCCCCAAUAAGUCAAAAUGCUGCUUUAAGCUCCUCUCCUGCCAUUUUGCACCUCCCUCUCCAUUGCCAGACCCAAAUCCAUGGCAGAGCAUCAUGGGAAGCUAAUGCCUCCCAACAGGGAUCCAUUUUAGGUGGAAGUUCUGAAGAGAUGAAUGCUGAUUUGAAGGAAGAAAGCAGCCCUGUUGUAGAAGAAAGAAAUGGAAUGAUAGUCAUCCGGAGCACAGACAGAGCAGUAUUUUCUGAUCACACGAACACAAGCAUUAUCUCACAAAGCUCUCCGGAUUUUACGACUUCAUUUUUGCACAGUAGCCUAAAUAUACAGGGGAUAGUAUUAGAUGAACACCAAAAAGGAGAAAAUUGCCCUACAGAGGUAAAACAGAGAGUAGAAAUGGCCUGUGAAGUUCUUAGUCCUGGAGGGAAAAACCAAAAAGUGGGAUCAUAUGUAGGCUGGGUCUCUCCUGACCCUCUUGGAGUCACAUGCCACAGCAACAAAAAGAAUGUGGAGGGACCAGAGAUGCAAGGAGAAGACCAGAUCAUCGAGGUGGACGGCUGGUGUCAUCUGCCACGUUUUCCUACCAAGAACUCCAGGCCUGCAGAUAAGGCCUUGCAGAACUGUUGGGGGCUUCCAGAAGCCGAGGUGCGUGUGUGGGGUGCGCAGAUUCUGUUGGCGUUGGAGAGUCUGCAUGAGCAGGGCAUCUUUUGUCGAGAUCUCAACCCAAGGAACAUCCUGCUCACCAGCAACGGAAAGGUGUGUUUGACGUUUUUCAGCCAGUGGAGUGAGGUUCAGUCAGAGAUCAGCUCCAAAGCCAUUGAACAGAUGUACUGUGCUCCAGAAAUUGGAGGAGUUUCAAGGAUAACAGAAGCUUGUGAUUGGUGGAGUCUUGGGGCUUUGCUGUUUGAACUUCUAACAGGAAUGCCCCUUUGGCAGCUGCAUCCAGCAGGAAUCCAUUCCCACACCCAGCUGGUCAUCCCCGACCAUCUAAGUGCUGCAGCAGCUUCCCUGCUCACUGAGUUGCUUCAGUUCGAUGCGGGUUAUCGCUUGGGUUCUGGAGGUGGAGGAGUAAGCGACAUUAAAUGCCAUCCAUUCUUCAGUGGUGUGUCCUGGAAGGCUCUUUCCUGCUAGCAGGGAUUUUAUUGUUUUUUUUUUUUUUUGCCAGA